AUGUGGACAAGUAGAGGUCACCAACAGAGAAAUCAAAAAGAUCCUCAAAACCAUCAUUGGACUGGACAAUCACGGAAGGAUUGGUCCAAAAAGCUGGACGAUGCUCUAUGGGCCUACAAAACUGCAUUCAAGACACCUAUAGGUAUGUCUCCAUAUCGAAUGGUGUACAGUAAGGCUUUUCAUCUUCCUAUCGAGUUAGAACAUAAGACGUUUUGGGCCAUUCAAUUUCUUAACUUUAAUGCAAAGGAAGUUGGUCAAAAGCGAUUGCUACAACUAAAUAUGAUGGAUGAAAUGCGCCUUAGUGCUUAUGAAAGUGCCAAAAUAUACAAAGAUCGCACCAAACAAUGGCACGAUAAGCAUAUCAUCAUGAGGAAUCUAAAGGUAGGCCAGCAGGUAUUACUCUACAACUCUAGACUCCGGUUAUUCCCUGGUAAGUUGUGCUCUAGAUGGUCAGGUCCAUUCACAAUCAAGGAAAUUUUUCCUCAUGGAGCAAUUGAAAUAGUGGAUGGUCAGAAGAAAGCACGCCCUGGACGUGCUUCUAAGCACGGCCGUGCCACGAUCAGACCCACUCAUUAA